CCGCUCUAGGCUGCGGGGAGGUCGCGGGGUGGAGGGGGUCGGGGAAUGAGGGAGGCCUCUCCUCUAUGGUCGGGGGCCGGGGGCUCUCGGCAACGCAAUCUGUCCUAGAUUACUUCCGGAAGUGAAGCCUCCGCCUCCUCCUCGGCUUCCGCGGGGGUCCUGGCGGGAGCGAUGGCACAGGCUGGUGGUCCCUGAGCGAGUGGAAUGAUAUCUAGAGCCUGGCUUUGUGCCAGCUACUCUCAGAUUAAUAAUGCUUUGCAGCAGUUUUUUAAGUCUGAAAUUUUCUGUCUGUGGAUACCAGAAUUUGCUAAGAGAUGGAGGAGCCUCAGAAGAAUGAUCUGAACUCUACAGGCCUUGAGCAAGAUGACUCUCUCAAGGGCACCAGCCCUCAGAUUUCUGUUAGCGAGUUUUCCUGCCACUGCUGCUAUGACAUCCUGGUUAACCCCACCACCUUGAACUGUGGGCACAGCUUCUGCCGGCACUGCCUAGCUCUGUGGUGGGUGUCUUCAAAGAAAACAGAGUGUCCUGAGUGCCGAGAAAAAUGGGAAGGGUUCCCCAAAGUCAACAUUCUCCUCAGGGAUGCCAUAGAAAAGUUAUUUCCUGAUGCCAUUAGAAUGAGAUUUGAAGACAUUCAGCAGAAUAAUGACAUAGUCCAAAGCCUCACGGCCUUUCAAAAAUACGGGAAUGACCAGAUUCCUGUAGCUCCCAACACAGGUCGUGUGAAUCAACACAGAGGAGGGGGGUUCUUUUCCGGAGUGCUCACAGCUUUAACUGGUGUGGCAGUGGUCCUGCUCGUGUAUCACUGGAGCAGCAGGGAAUCUGAGCACGACCUCCUGGUCCACAAGGCUGUGGCCAAAUGGACAGCGGAAGAGGUUGUCCUCUGGCUGGAGCAGCUGGGCCCUUGGGCCUCUCUCUACAGAGACAGGUUUUUAUCUGAAAGAGUUAAUGGAAGACUGCUUUUAACUCUGACAGAAGAAGAAUUUUCAAGGGCGCCGUAUACCAUAGAAAACAGCAGCCACAGAAGAGCCAUCCUCAUGGAGCUGGAGCGCGUCAAAGCACUAGGUGUGAAGCCCCCCCAAAAUCUCUGGGAAUAUAAAGCUGUGAACCCAGGCAGGUCCCUGUUCUUGCUUUAUGCCCUCAAGAGCUCCCCCAGGCUGGGUCUGCUGUACCUGUACCUGUUUGACUACACAGACACCUUCUUACCCUUCAUCCACACCAUCUGCCCUCUGCAAGAAGACAGCUCUGGCGAAGACAUCCUCACCAAGCUGCUGGAUCUGAGAGAGCCCACGUGGAAGCAGUGGCGAGAAUUCCUGGUCAAAUACUCCUUCCUCCCAUACCAGCUGAUUGCUGAAUUUGCUUGGGACUGGCUGGAGGUCCAUUACUGGACAUCACGGUUUCUCAUCGUCAAUGCCAUGUUACUGUCUGUUCUGGAAUUAUUCUCCUUUUGGAGGAUCUGGUCAAGAAGUGAACUGAAAACUGUGCCUCAGAGGAUGUGGAGCCAUUUUUGGAAAGUCUCAACGCAGGGGCUUUUCGUGGCCAUGUUCUGGCCCCUCAUUCCUCAAUUUGUUUGCAACUGCUUGUUUUACUGGGCCCUGUAUUUCAACCCAAUCAUCAACAUCGAUCUCGUGGUCAAGGAAGUCCGGCGACUAGAAACCCAAGUGCUGUGACGGGCACCGCCUCUGCUCUGUGAGACUCUUCAAGUCUCCCUGACAUCUGAGCUCGGAGGCUUAGCAACGGAGAGGGAGGGAGCAGCAUCGUGUCUUCUCCGCCUAGGAAAACAAGGUGCUGCUAUCUCUCCAAGGCUCCAGCCGGGCCCUCUCUGCCCCACCUAUGACCUCGUGACAGCAGGGACUGACAUCCCAGCACAGGGAGGACUGCUUGGCCAACACAGAGGCAGCCCCUCCCACCACGCUGCCUUCCUCACAGGCAGAUGGAAAGUUCAGUCCAUGAGGAUGCAGUGUGGCUACCACGUCCGCAGUCCCCUUGCCCUGAACUCAGUGACAGAGGCUCCCAGCACCUGCGACCAGGCUUGUUAUAAAUCAAGUUUAGGAAAACAGAUAAGGUUUUAUCAUAGGCCCAGACAGAUACAUGUAAAAAAAUACACAGGAAAACCCAAAGUUCAAUCGACAGGUCUGAUUGAAGAGUUGCUAGGUUUCAGAGUAAAACCUCUGAAAGAAUUCGGUUUGAGACUGGAAUGAUGGCUGGGCUUGUAGGCACUGUCUCUCUUUCGUAUCAUUGGAAGUCUGUACCCCUUUCUCUGAGUGGGACAGAAGACUAUUCACAGAGGGUCUUCGCAUCAGCUGAGCUGCCUCCAGCCUGCUUAAACUGUUAUUUGGGAUUUGUUUAUUUGUUUUUGUUUUUAAGAAGUUAAGCUAUAAGGUAAAUUCCAGGAUGGUCCUUUUAUUCCAACAAGCAUUGUAUAAACUGACCUCACAUUGUAUAUCUCUAUUGUCCUGUUCUGGUGUAUAAAACAGCAAAUUUAACUAUA